AUGCUAUACAAUAAUCUAUACUGGAAUUAUUUAACUAUUUUUGUGUUGUACUGUUUCCUAUUGAUCAAACCUGUGUCAAAUCAAGGCUUAGCGUGUUUCAAAUGCAUGACCACAAAUCCAUCCGACGAUGGGUGCCGCGAUCCAUUUUCUUCAGUGAUUAAUCCAGUGCAGACUAAUUGUCAGGCGACAUCGGUGGGCAAAAAUGGAACAUUUCCGGCUCGAUUCUGUGUUAAAAUUAGCGGUCGUGUGUUAAGCAUCGAUAGCGGUGGGAAUAAUUCCUUGUUAAAUACAUUUAUCUAUUAUCGAACAUGCGUUGUUGAUAACAUCAUGGAAUCCACUAAAUCAUUGGAAUCAUCCGGCAAUUUUCGAUUGAAACAUUUUCAAAAUAUGCCCGGUACAAUUCGUCUUCAAGGUACAAUGUCCCUUUGUAUAUACGAUGGUUGUAAUCAAGCAAGAAACUAUUAUUCGUCAUUAUCAAUUAUUCUUAUGUCUAGUUUCUUUCUAAUAUUUAAACACUAUUAUUAA